CAGGAAUCCAACCUCAGUUCAGAAAAUCCCUGCCAUCUGACGUAGGAGGAUUUAUAGGUUUAGUGGAAAUUGCUUUCUCCUGCUCGCCAGAUUACAUACUGCUGGUUGAUUUUUUUUUUUUUUUGCACGAGUAAACAUCCUUCUAAUAAGGAACAGACCAAUAAUGUCUUAGGAGAGAAAAAAAAGAGCAUCCGUUUCCUUCCUGCGAUUUCUUGAGAGAGCAGUUUGGAUUGGGAAAUCCAUGCGGGCUGUGCAGAAUAUGAAAUUUGGCAUCAUCCUUUUGUGGUGCGGAUGGGUCUUGGUUGCUGAGAGCCGAAUGUCUUGGCCAGGAAGAGAAGCUCAGGAGAUGGGUAAGAAAGGCAGUAGACCUCAAAGACAGAGACGAGAAGCCCAUGAAGAUGCCCACAAGCAAGGCAGCCCAAUUCUGAAACGAAGUCCUGACAUCACCAAAUCACCUCUGACAAAGUCAGAGCAGCUGUUGAGAAUUGACGACCAUGACUUCAGCAUGAGGCCUGGCUUCGGAGGCCCAGCCAUCCCUGUUGGCGUGGACGUGCAGGUGGAGAGCUUGGACAGCAUCUCAGAGGUGGACAUGGACUUUACGAUGACCCUCUACCUGAGGCACUACUGGAAGGAUGAGCGGCUGUCUUUUCCAAGCACCAACAACCUCAGCAUGACAUUUGAUGGGAGACUGGUGAAGAAGAUCUGGGUCCCUGACAUGUUUUUUGUGCACUCCAAGCGCUCCUUCAUCCAUGACACUACCACGGACAACGUCAUGCUGCGGGUCCAGCCUGAUGGGAAAGUGCUGUACAGCCUCAGGGUAACUGUGACUGCCAUGUGCAACAUGGACUUCAGCCGCUUUCCUCUGGACACACAAACGUGCUCACUGGAGAUUGAAAGCUAUGCCUACACAGAAGACGACCUCAUGCUCUACUGGAAAAAAGGCAACGACUCCUUAAAGACAGAUGAGCGGAUCUCCCUCUCUCAGUUCCUCAUUCAAGAAUUCCAUACCACCACCAAACUAGCAUUCUACAGCAGCACAGGCUGGUACAACCGCCUGUACAUCAAUUUCACGUUGCGUCGCCACAUCUUCUUCUUCUUGCUCCAGACCUAUUUCCCUGCCACCCUGAUGGUCAUGCUUUCCUGGGUGUCCUUCUGGAUUGACCGCAGAGCUGUGCCGGCCAGAGUCCCCUUAGGCAUCACAACAGUGCUGACCAUGUCCACCAUCAUCACAGGAGUGAAUGCCUCCAUGCCCCGCGUGUCCUACAUCAAGGCCGUGGACAUCUACCUGUGGGUCAGCUUCGUGUUUGUGUUCCUCUCGGUGCUGGAGUACGCAGCCGUCAACUACCUGACCACCGUGCAGGAGCGGAAGGAACGGAAGCUGCGGGAGAAGCUCCCCUGCACCUGUGGGCUGCCCCAGGCCCGCGCAGUGAUGCUGGACGGCAGCUACAGCGAUGGCGAGGUGAAUGACUUGGGCAGCUACAUGCCUGAGAAUGGAGAGAAGCCUGACAGGAUGAUGGUGCAGCUGACUCUGGCCUCAGAGAGAAGCUCCCUGCAGAGGAAAAGCCCAAGAAACAGCUACGUGAGCAUGAGGAUCAACACCCAUGCCAUUGAUAAAUACUCCAGGAUCAUUUUUCCAGCAGCAUACAUUUUAUUCAAUCUAAUAUACUGGUCUGUUUUCUCAUAGAUGCCUGUAAUUCUGUAAGCCUCAUACUCUUCCUGGUAUGCACCAGAGAAAUACCUGUAGGAUGAGAAAGAAUUAAUGGUUAAAAAAAAAAAAACUCAGUACCCCCCUGUAUUUUUAUUAUCUCUUGUAUAGGUUUCCAAGGUUGCACUGACAAGACGCUUUUUGUGUAUUGAGAACCUACUGUAUAUAUAGCAUUAUACUAGGUGCUUCAGGAAUAUGUUACUAUAGCAACUGAUGCCAUUAUCCAGGGAAAAGCAGAAUAACUGGGCUGUGGGUGCAUUUGUUGUCCAACCUCUUUUAGACCUCAUAUGCUAAUUCACAUGAGUGAUUUCCUUCAUAUGAGUGUCAUUAUAGUCUCUGAACUGGAUGAAACUGAGCAGUACCUAGAGCUCAUUUGCAUGAAAUCAGCAUGGCCCUACAUCUCCACCCAUGCUUCUGUUCACGGCCUACUACUUCUUUUUAUCUUCUCAUGUUUAAUGAAAGGCAAUAAUACUCAUAUGAUUUUUAUUUACAAGCUGCAAUUCAAAGGUCUUACCUUUCAUAGGAGAAGCUCUUUGAAUUGGUGAAAUCUCUUCUGACUUUGCUAGACAUUUCUCUCUGGUAGUAAAACUUUGAAGACAGGAUAUAUGUCUGUUAUAGAGAUCACUAGGGUACAAAACUGUGUUAAGUCUUCCAUUUUGUAUAAGCAUCUAUUUCUCCCUUGGAGCAGGUCUUCAUUCAAAGUGACAUGCUUUUUCAGUAAUGUAAUAUCAUCACUGCGCAACUUAGGGAAAGCCUAAUUUGUUCUGCAUGGCCAUUUCAAGAAAAUGUAUAAUCUGGGACUACCUUUGUAACUCAUGAGAAUAAGAAACACUCACAAAGUUCCUUAAGAGAACAAAAACAUCAAAAAGCAAGAGAAACAGGAAGCUAUCACUGGGCAUCCGUCUGCAUUUGUCCUCAGGGAAUGCCAGUUUUCUAUGAACCAGAAAACAGGGUCUCCUCAGGAUUUAGAAGCCCCUGUGCCAGGCAGGGGCUGCCCAGUGGUAACUGAAUAUCACGGCAUGGGUUCUAAUUUGAUGUAUUAUUUUAGAACAGAGUUCUUAAUGCUGUGUAUUUACAUACUAUCUAGAUCAACCCCAACCAAACUUACCCAAACAAACUUACCCAAACAAAUCUGUUAUUCUUGAAAUGUACUUUAUUAAACAGAAUUGUAUACACAAAAAUGUCUGUUUCAUUUUGAAGUUACCUUGACUGAUCAUGAAUAAAUACUAAAAUCAUGAGAAAAAAUACCUAUAAACAUAAAUCCUAGAUACAAUGCAAAUUCCCCCUUUUUGUUUUCUAGUAAAAGUUCAUCAAAA